AUGGAAUCACAACUGCUGGAGCUAGAGCACUCUAUUGGCUAUAACGGAAAGUAUUAAUGCACAGUCCAUUACCAUCCAUUUGAUAAAGAUAACAUUAUAUACAACAUUGGUGGUCUAUUGGUUAUUGAAAACAUUUAAGAUAAGCAUUAGCAAUAAUUCUUAAGAGGUCAUGAUAUGGAAAUUUCAGCCAUAACAAUUUCAAAUUCUGGAUAGUUGAUUGCAACAGGUUAACUUGGUACAAUAUUCUAGAAACUCCCUGAUGCCCCAGUAAUCUUAUGGAACUAUGAUAGAAAAGAACCAGUUGCUGUUUUGAAGGGAAUGCAAGUAUGUGUAAAGAAAUUAGCUUUCUCACCGGAUGAUAGAUUUUUAGCUGCUCUAGGAGAAAAUAAUGCUUUCAUCAUUUGGGAUACUAGAGAUGGGUCUGCCAUUCACACUAGAGUUUUUGAAUUUCCUCUUCAUGUUGUUAGUUGGGGCGAUAUUAUGCAUGAUUAAAAUCCAAAGCAUCCUUCAUAUACUUUAGUUACAGCAAAUCAGACUAAUGUCUUUAUCAAUUCUUUAGAGUUUGAUAUUGGGUCAAUGCAAUAUUUCCUAAAAUAAGGUGCUGUUUAACUUCCAAAUACAGGGCUUAUAAGAAACUACACUUUUUCAUCUAUCAAUGGAGAUAGUCUACUUCUUGGUACUAGUGGUGGUGAAGUAUGUAUAUUCAGUGUAUACUCUAGAAUUUAUAGAGCAACAAUGCCAAUAUCAAGCAACGGUUUAAUGGCGAUUGCUUAAAUUGAUGACAACAUUAUUGUUGGUGGUGGCGAUGGAAAAGUAAAGAAACUAAACAUAGGUGGUGGCAAAUGGAGUCUUACUCACGAAGCUUAACUAGACUCAAAGAUCAUGUCAAUUACUGUUUCAGCAGAUAAGAAGGAAUUAAUGGUUGGAUCAUCUGGAGGAAAAUUAUAUAGAAUGCUAGUUGCAGACCUUUCUUUCAUGCUUCACACUGAUGCUCAUACUGGUAGUAUAAAUGACUUAGUAUUUGGCAAUAGAUCAGACUAGUUUAUGGCUAUUGAUGAGAACGGAGCAGUAAAAUUAUGGGAUCUAUCUGAAUAUAAAUCUAUUUUCACAGCAAACACCAUUAAAAAUAGCAGAGGAUCUAGUUGUUUUGUAGCUAAAGACGAUGGGUCUUUAGUAACUGGAUGGAGAGACGGAUUUAUAAGAGCUUAUGAAACUUCAGGAAGAGUACUUUGGGAGAUAGCUAAUGCUCAUAGAGGGGCAGUCUCAAGUUUAUACUGUGAUGCAAACUAUAUCUUGAGUGGAGGAGAAGAUGGAGCUGUGAGAGUUUGGGCUAGAACUACUAGAAAACUUCUCAUUCAAUUCAAUGAUUAAAAGAGAGAUAUUGUUACACUUAUACCUGACCUUUAAAAACCAUAUCAGAUUCACUCAUGCUCAAUGGAUAGAUCGAUAUCAACAUACGAUUUAAAACUUGAAAAGAGAGUGAAUGGACACUAGACUAAAAAUGGGGCACUAUUUGGCAUGAGUUAGAGAAGAGAUAGUGAACUCGAAUUGGUGACAUGUGGUUAAGGAUCUCCAAUAUAUUUCUGGGAUUGUGAUUAAGCAGGGCCUGUUGCAGAGAUAAUGUAUCCGUACAAAGUUCUAACAAUUCAAGUCAGUCCUAGUGGCAAAUUUAUUGCUUUUGGUACUGAAACAAAUGAGGUCUUUGUCUAUUCAUUAGACGGUUUAAACAAUUUUACAUUCUUGGGGAAAGGAUUAGGACAUUCAGGGCCAGUAACAAAAGUAAAGUGGAGUCCAGACGAAAAAUAAAUCAUAUCAGUAUCGACAGACUCUUCUAUUUCAGUGUGGAACUUCUAUGGAGCAGCUUGA